AUGGCCACCUUCGCCGCCUUCCUGCUGGUCUACGUGAUCGGCGGCCUGACCUUCGUGCCCUUGUGCGUCGCCGCCGCCGUCUACCUCGCGCUGCUCGCCUGCCCGCGCCACGAUGCCCACAGCUCCGACGAGCUCGACGACGCCGCCCCCGCGAACCUCCCUCCCGAGCUCAACGCGCGCAAGACCGAGCCCGACGUGGCCGCCGGCUACUUUGCCGUCUGCCGCGAGUAUGUGCCCGGCGGCGUCAACGGCAAGCCGCCCGAGCGCACCACGCCCGCCGGCGCCGUCGUGGGCGUCGAGAGCCCCAGCGUCUACCAGAGCAUGUACCGCACCAUCUUCGAGCGCAACCGCGCCCAGAGCCCCAGCAUGGAGGCCGCCAAGCAGAAGAAGGCCCGCAACGUCUUCUUCGUCGUGCUCAGGCACGGUCAUCUGAUCCUCUUCGACGACGCCGAGCAGGUCGAGGUGCGCUACGUCAUCUCCCUGGCCCACCGCAUCGUCGACGUCUACGCCGGCGGCGAGGCCAUUCCCGAGGGCGAGCUGUGGAUCAAGCGCAACUGCAUCCGCCUGCGCCGCGCCCCCGACCAGGCCGAUUCCGAGGCCGAGGCCCGCCCCUUCUACCUGUUCUCCGACAACAGCUCCGAGAAGGAGGACUUCUACUUUGCCCUGCUGCGCAACCAGGAGCGCCAGACGGGCAUGCCCAUUUCCCCGCCGCUCCAGUUCGAACAGCCACACGUCGUGAAGCUAGUGCAGCAGCUGCAUGCCUCGGAGGAGACACUGCAGACGCGGUGGAUCAACGCCCUGGCCGGCAGGCUGUUUCUUGCCUUGUACAAAACGCCCAAUGUUGAAGAUUUCAUCCGCACCAAGAUCACCAAGAAGAUAUCGCGUGUGGCCAAGCCCGCCUUCCUCCAGAGUAUCACAAUCCAGCGCAUCGUGAUGGGCGACAGUGCUCCCAUGGUUACGAACCCCAAGCUGCGCGAACUGACUCUUGACGGAGACCUGACUGCAGAGGCUGACGUCAGGUACAAUGGCAAUUUCCGCCUCGAGAUAGCCGCCGUCGCCCGCAUUGAUCUUGGCUCGCGCUUCAAGGCGCGCUACGUCAACAUGGUGCUCGCCGGCAUUCUGAAGAAGCUGGAGGGCCACGUCUUAGUCCGCGUGAAGCCUCCGCCCAGCAAUCGUCUCUGGAUCACCUUCGAGCACCCUCCCAAGAUGGAAAUGGCCAUCGAGCCCAUCGUGAGCUCGCGCCAGAUCACCUAUGGUAUGAUUUUGAGAGCUAUUGAGAAUCGGAUCCGCGAAGUCGUGACCGAAACCCUUGUGCUGCCCAAUUGGGAUGAUAUGCCGUUCUUCGACACCAUCGCCCAGCCUUUGAGAGGUGGUAUAUGGGAAGAUGCAUCCAAAGCUCCCGUCUCCCCUGAUGCUGCGCAUGAGCCUCCCGUGGACGACACCUCGAUGGACGAUGUGCAUGAAGAGCCCACCGUUUCGCAUUUCGUGCGCAAGGACGAGAAGACAAUGAGCAUGCCCAACUUGGGAGAGUCGGACGUCUCGAGCCUCAAGUCUCGGAAAACUGCAAAAUCAGUGAUGUUAGCCGGCGACAGCGCCUCUGCAAGUGGUGUUGAAGUCCGCUCCUCGGCCAGCAUGCCCAGGUCGAUGCGCUCAGGCUCGUUCGCCAGCAUCGCCCGGCCCAUCGUCGCCCAAGACACGGCCGUCGUGGAAGCUCAAAAGAGCCCGCAAAAGCACCAACAUGAUGCCAUUACAGCAAUCAAGGACAUUUCGUCGCGCUCAAUACCGACCUCACCCGUCGAAUCUCCCGUCGGUUCCCCGGCAAUGCCUGCUGGCCCCCUGGCUGAAGCGUCAGCCCACGGAGGAUUGAAGCAUGUCUCCGGACAGAAGGCGUCUGACAAUGGAGGGGACGCGAAACGAGCACCCGCACCAAAGACUGCUUGUGAUGAUGGCGACGCCAAGCCACCCACAGCUCCGAAGGAUGCAGGGAAGGUCGAAGGGUCGCGGGAACGGGGCCCGUCAUUUGGCAAAGCCGAAGAGGAUGUUGCUAGUUUUACUGAUCUUUUCGGGGAAUUUGUCCAUUCGCAACCGGAGCCCAUACCCCGUCCCGAGCCUGCCGCCUUCUCUGUCAAUUCAGAACAGAGCUCUCUAUACUCGCAAGCGACAGAUUCUACAGCGCAUUCCGACCUGAGCGCUAAAAGCUCUCUCUCGUCGCGCAAGACCUCGCUGUCCGAAAAACGUCAAAUGCUUAACAUGUCACUCAACUCGGCCACAACCGCAGCCAAGAAAUGGUUCGCCUCGCGCCAGCAGUCGAACACACCCCACUCGUCAUCCACCCCUUCCCACCCAUCGCCCUCCUUCCCCUCGUCAUCUUCUCCCGCCUCCACUACAGGUACACCGGCACGGUCUUCCAGCCCUACUCGUGAUCAAUCGCAGCAGCCGCCAUCAUUAUGGAGUCAAAGUACGCACUCGGACACAAAGUCGCACCAGGCGCAGGAGCACCCCAACCAUGACCGCGUUCCGAGCACUCCUCAUUCGUCCAUCUCUUCCGCUAAGGCCACAACACCGUCUUCGGUGUCGCCGCCGAAGAAUUCACGCCCGGACAACAAACCAUCGAGAAGCAGUUCCAUUAGCGUCCCCAUGGGCCGUGGUCAGCCGCUUCCGCCUCCCGGAGUUCCGCUACCUCCGCCCGCGAAGCCGGAAAACAAGUGGGUGCAAGGCAGCGCGCAGCUGCUGGGACUAGCCAAGAGGAAACCUGUGCCUUCUGCUUCGCCUGGGGCGGCGGCAUCGUCAUCGUCAGCCUCCGUCAUGGCGCCUCAUGGUGCCGGUAAUAUGAACGGGAAUGGAGGCGUAAACAAUGGUCAUGGAUUCGGGCCUGCCCACAUUAGUGGUCAGCAUCAGGAUGUUGGCGGGCAUACGGACUUUGUUGGAGCAGAUAUUCAGAUCCCAGCCGCAACGGCAGCGCCUGUAGGCAUGCAUUUAGGCAAAGAAGUUGGCGGGAAUGGCGCAGGAGACUCUUCGCACGUGCCGCUGCCGCUCGGUCACAACAGAACCACGUCAUCUUCGUCUUCGUUAUUCAGCGGCAGCAAUGACACGCCAACGCCAACAGCCACCACACCUGCUGCUGUCAACAGAUCGACGGAGAAAGCGAACGAAGCGGGCAGUGAUGAUGUGUCGACAGCGGCUCAACACAAGCCCUCCUCACCGCAGCAGCAACGGAAGCAGUCCAACUCUUCUGCAACUUCACACCACUCCGUCUCCGCCGCAUCCGAACCGUCGUCCCCGCCUCCGCCGCCCCUGCCGCCGAGGAGAAAGACUUUGGCGGUAUCACCUCGUCCCGGCGGUGAUGAUAAGAACAGGAAUGGGAGGCCGAAUAAUAAUGUCAAUAGAAGGACGAGGAGCCACCGUCUUCAUCGGCACGACGACGUGGGCGAAGAGCAACCGCAGCUCCUGGUCGUCGCCGCGCCGUUGGCGGAGAGCGAUGCGUCGUCGGCGCCGGUGACGCCGGAGGCGACGAAACAUGAGUUCGGAGGCGAGCUGGCGAAGAGGGGCGUGCGUGAUGACAAGAGGAAGGGCAAUGAUGAUGAUAACGAUGAUGACGAGGACGAAGACGAUGAUGAUGACGAUAGCGGUGAAAGGGGCCGGGAUGACGAAGAAGAUGAAGGGGAGAAUGGGUUGGAAGGAUCGGUAUUCGAUUUGGAGUUGGACGAGGGGGGUGACGACAUGCCUCCUACCUCUUCAUCUUCAUCGUCCGCCUUACCUUUCGUGUCCUCGGAGUCUGCGGGUGCGACGGUUGCUGCAAGGGUUACUCCACCUCACGUCCGCGAUGACGGGAAUGGCAAUGGCGCCGUGGCGAUGGGUGCACCGGCGGUCGGGGCUGCGUCUCUUUCUUCCCCGCCGGACUUACUGACUCAUCCACCUUCUCCUCCAGAGGCAGCGCUGGCGUCGAAGGACACCUUGUCGUCGCCGGGAAUGGUAAAUGCAAAAGGCGAGGCGGUGGCGAAGGAAAUGGACCAGGGUGGCAAGGGGAAGUCGAAGGGGAAGGGAUGGUUCACGUCGCCGAGCGCGUCGAGGAUUGAUGAUUUGCCACCGCAUAGGCGAUGA